ACAUGACCUCCGCCCGCAGCCCCGCUGGAGCGCUCUUGCUGCUCACCUGCGCCAGCCUGAUCACUGCAAUCGGCCUCGGUAUCGUGGAGCCCCCUGCGCCCGUGGGGAACCAGGCACAUCUGCGGCUGACCGGGGUCGAGCUGCCCGCACCGCCUGCCGACAGCGACAGCCCACCGGAGCCCACCAUGGGGCACGCACACAGUGUGGAUCCCCGCGAUGCCUGGAUGCUCUUUGUUAGGCAGAGUGACAAGGGUAUCAACAGUAGAAGGAGAAGCAGGACCAAAGCCAGGCGGCUGAAGCUUGGCCUGCCAGGUCCCCCAGGCCCACCAGGUCCUCAAGGCCCGCCAGGCCCCCUUAUCCCAUCUGAAGUUCUGCUGAAGGAGUUCCAGCUAUUGCUGAAAGGCGCUGUGCAGCAGCGGGAGAGCACGGAGCCCAAGCAGUGCACCAGCGAUUUCACUACCCCAGCCUCAGGCAGCCCCUCCCGAGUUCCGACCGCCCAGGAUGCUGACAAUGACCAGGACCCAGGGCCUGUGUUGGCGCUACUGGCUGCGACCCUGGCCCAGGGCCCAAGGGCACCACUCGUGGAGGCUGCGUUCCACUGUCGCCUGCGCCGGGAUACGCAGGUGGAGCGGCGUGCACUUCAUGAGCUCAAGGUCUACUACCUGCCCCACGUCGAGGGAGCCUUCCUCCGAGGCCCAGGCUUGAACCUGACCAGUGGCCAGUACACGGCACCAGUGGCUGGCUUCUAUGAUCUUGCUGCCACUCUGCACGUGGCACUCACUGAGCAGCCAAGAAGAGGACCACCACGGCCUCGGGACCGGCUGCGUCUCCUGAUCUGCAUCCAGUCUCUCUGCCAGCACAACGCCUCCCUGGAGACUGUCAUGGGGCUGGAGAAUAGCAGCGAGCUCUUCACCAUCUCAGUGAAUGGUGUCCUGUAUCUGCAGACAGGACACUACACCUCCGUCUUCUUGGACAAUGCCAGCGGCUCCUCCCUCAUGGUACGAAGCGGCUCCCACUUCAGUGCUAUCCUCCUGGGCCUGUGAGUGACAGC